GUAGAGAGAGAGAGAGAGAGCGCUUCUGUAGCUGCGUUUCGACUGCAAUGUCUCCUCGGGUCUUCCUCUUACUGCUCGUCUGCUCGCAUGCAUUCCUUGCCUUGGCUUUGGGAAAGCGUUCGACUUCAUUUCGUCUCAAGCUCUUCCGCCGCCCGGCAUCCGCCGGCUCUACUCAGCUCGAACGCAUGCAGGAGCUCUUCCGUGACGACCAGCUCCGGCAAGCGAUCAUCCACGACAGGCUCGGGCGGCGCCUCCACGGUCGGAGGGCGAGCGAAGUCUCGCCUCCUGCGCAGUCCUUCAUGAUGCCUCUCAACUCGGGCGUGGACACGGGUAAUGCGCAGUUCUUCGUGCAGUUCUUCUUAGGCAAGCCGGCGCAGCACUUCGUGCUCGUGGCCGACACGGGGAGCGACCUCACGUGGGUCAAGUGCCGGCUGCGUUUGCCCGGGUGCCGCCUGUGCAAUGGCGACGGCAACGGGACCCGGGUUUUCCACCCUGAGGUGUCGUCGUCUUUCCAGCCCAUCCCGUGCUCCUCGGAGAUGUGCAAGACUUCGCUGCCCUUCUCGUUGAUCGAGUGCCCCUCGCCGACGACGCCAUGUUCUUUCGACUACAGGUACGGCGACGGAUCGAAGGCCCAAGGCGUCUUCGCCAACGAGUCGGCGACCGUCGUCCUAUCCAACGGGAAACACACGAAUCUGCGGGACCUGGUGGUGGGCUGCUCGUCCGACUCCACCGGAUCCAGCUUCCAGGCGGCGGACGGCGUCCUCGGCCUCGGCAACAGCAACAUCUCAUUCGCGACGAUAGCCACCGCGCGCUUCGGCGGCCGCUUCUCCUACUGCCUGGUGGACCACCUCAGCCCCCGCAACGCCUCCGACUUCCUCGUCUUCGGCCACAGGCCGGCCGUCCUCUCCCCGCCGCUUCCCUCCGAGACCUCUCUCGUCCUCGAUCUGGAGCCUUUCUACGCGGUCGGCGUCGAUGGCAUCUCCGUGGACGGGGAGAUGCUGGCCAUCCCCAAGGACGUGUGGGACCUCAGCGCGGGCGGCGGCACCAUCCUCGACUCCGGGACGAGCUUGACCGUGCUGGCGCAGCCGGCGUACCUGGCGGUGGCGUCGGCGCUGAACCGGCGGCUGGCCGGGAUCCCCAGGGUGAAAAUGGACCCGUUCGAGUACUGCUACAACUGGACGACCGCGCCGACGAACGCGGCCAAGAACCUGCCGCGGAUGGUGGUUCACCUGGCCGAAUCGGCGUCGCUGAAGCCGCCUGCAAAGAGCUACGUGAUCAACGCGGCGGACGGGGUGAAGUGCCUGGGGAUAGUGGCAACGCCGUGGCCGGGCGUCUCCGUCAUCGGUAACAUCCUGCAGCAGGAGCACCUGUGGGAGUUCGACCUCAAGAACCGACGGUUACGAUUCAAAAGAUCAACGUGCGGGAAAUCGACCUCAAGAAUCGCGGGUGAUAACAAGUUGAAUUAGAAAUAUGUUCUAGCCCACGUCGAAUGGCUUCCAAUCUAAUUUGCAACAUCUAUAUUAUAUAUAAAACUAAUCAAUGCAUUUU